CUUGAAAUAUGACUGAAAACGGGACGUCGGCUAUAGAAUUGCAAGAUGAAUUUCAUCAUUACUAAGGCCUCGCUACAAUGAAAGGAAAUAUGACAUCUUCAAAAGUAAAUACAACCUGUUACAUCGCAACCUUUCCUAUUUUCGGGAAACUGAAGAAUGGAAUAUGUUAUUCAGGUUCUGCAUACAACGGGAGAAGAAGUGAAAACAAACUCGUAGAGCGAUACAAACAAACCUUGGAAGUAAGCCACAAUCGCAUGACAAUGGGUGAAAAACGUCAUAACAUGACGAACAGCAAUCAAGCGGAGCAGACGACCAGUUAUCGAUGAGUGAUCGUGAUUUAAGCGUACCGUGACCGAUCUCUGUUGAUUAAGACUUUUCUGCAAGGAUUACCAAGACACGUUCGACACCAAGGAAAGGAGGAGACACUCUACAUUUCAGGAUCAAGCUUUAAGUAAGCAGUUGAUUUCUUGGAGAAAAGAAGCAAAGAGUCAAAGACUAUACUUUAAUAUCGUUUUACUUUGAAAUCUCCAAACAGCCCAGUCAUCGCUCACUUCUCGCUGGUGUAUUUUGAACUUCUCUAUGUACCACCACCAAGGAUCAUUUGUUGAACCACAAUAGUCCUACCUGAACUUCAGUUAGUUGACAAUGGAGGGACUGCCUGCUCUGUGUGCCAGACACUGCUCUAACAAUGGCCUCCGUGCUUCAGUAUUACCAAUCACUGUAGUUGUGAUCUCGAUUUUAGUUUGCAGCGUCGAGUCUGUUUCGAUCUCGAGACAGACAGUCAAACACUAUUUGGAAGACUUUGGCUAUCUGACCAGUAAAUCUGUCGAAUCGGCGACCUCUGAAAAGGACAUUACUAAUGCGCUCCAUAAAUUUCAAGAGUUUACCGGAUUACACGAUACAGGUGAGGAAGAUAUGACGACGAUGAUCAAGAUGUUAGAGCCUCGAUGCGGUGAUAGCGACGUCGAUGACCACGACAUGUCACCAUCUGACCCGAGAGGGAUGCGCCAUAAACGAUGGGCUAUUUUCCAGAAAUGGCCCAAGAACGAUUUAACCUAUCGAAUCUCCACCUACACCGACAAGCUGCCUGUCGAUAUAGUGGAUGACGCAGUGUCUAGGGCAUUCAAGCUGUGGUCUGAUGUUGCCAACAUCACCUUCACCAAGAUCUCCAGUGGCAAGGCUGAUAUUGAUAUCUCAUUCCACCGGGGAGAUCAUGGCGACAGUCGGCCCUUUGAUGGCUCUGGUUUGGUACUAGGACACGCAUUCCCUCCUGGUCUUAUUACAUCCAGACCAGAUCUCAUUGGCAGUAUUCACCUGGAUGAUGAGGAGAACUGGACAGCCAAUUCACGAUCAGGAAAGAAUCUGUGGUUGACAGUUGGUCAUGAGAUAGGUCAUGCUAUUGGACUGAGUCAUUCCCGGGUCUUGCCCGCCCUCAUGUAUCCUUGGUAUCCGAGCUAUAAUCCAAGCUUUACGCUCGAUCGAGACGAUAUCGAAGGCGUCCAGUUCUUGUAUGGUGCUCGACCUGGAGCAGAACUUGUACUUCCAACCAGCUCCCCCCAGGGACCCAACAAUCCCAACAUACCCAAUCUAUGCAUGGCGCAUCCUGACACCAUCACAUUGACUGCUGGAGGAAAUAUGUAUGCUUUCAAAGACAGUUUUUAUUGGAUGUUAGAGCAAGGCCAGGUUGUGCCGGGGUUCCCCAAGCUUAUCUCGAACAACUGGCCAGGGCUACAAAGCAACCUCUCUGCAUCCUUCUCAAUGAAAAACCCACGAGUAUGGGGGAGUGAUGACGUAGGAAAGACAUACUUCUUUAAGACUAUAUCAGGGAGUGUUGCAGUAUGGAAAUACAGCUCUGCAAACAUUUUAGAACCCGGUUACCCUAAAGCCCUCGAGACUGUGUUUCCUGAUUUCAGGCCCAGCAGUCCAAUCGUAUCCGUGCAAGGCGUAGCAGAAAUCAGCGGGAAUGGAGAAACCAUCUUCGUCAUGGACAAUCAAAUCUACCUCUAUGGCUGGGAGAAGGUCUUCCGAGGGUCGUACCUCGUCACGGACAUCUUCCCUAACCUCGUGGGCAAAGUGGUCUCUAUGAUCCAAGGAGCAGAUAACUACCUCUAUUUCUUCAUGGAAGGUGGUUUAUACUACCAGGUAUCUCCUUGGACCUUCAAUAUCAGUACUUACUUUCCCAAACCUGCUGUGCAAGACUGGUUCAGCUGUAACGCGUGAGCUCUAGCUGUAUGGUGAGCAGUGCAGGCCACUCCAGUCCCAAGACUGCAAGCAACGUACCUACCAAAAUUAAUGCCUUAGAUAUAAUGACAAGGGGCCUGUUUCAUAAAAUUUGUUAUCAAUAACAAGUUCCAAGCUACUGUUAUAAGCUACUGAAAUCAUGGCAUCUGA